GGGGGCCAUGCAGGCGCGCUACCCGGUCUCCAGCCCCAACUCGCUGGGAGUGGUGCCCUACCUGGGCGGCGAGCAGAGCUACUACCGGGCGGCGGCGGCGGGCGGGGGCUACGCGGCCAUGCCGGCCCCCAUGAGCAUGUACUCGGCCCACCCGGGGGCGCAUGAAGCCUACGCGGGGGGCGGGGGCGGCGGGGGGCGGCCGUACGGGCCGUACCCGCCGCCGGCGCCGCCGCCGCCCAAGGACCUGGUGAAGCCGCCCUACUCGUACAUUGCGCUCAUCACCAUGGCCAUCCAGAACGCGCCCGACAAGAGGAUCACGCUCAACGGCAUCUACCAGUUCAUCAUGGAGCGCUUCCCCUUCUACCGCGACAACAAGCAGGGCUGGCAGAACUCCAUCCGCCACAACCUCUCGCUCAACGAGUGCUUCGUCAAGGUGCCCCGCGACGACAAGAAGCCCGGCAAGGGCAGCUACUGGACCCUCGACCCGGACUCCUACAACAUGUUCGAGAACGGCUCCUUCCUCCGCCGCCGCCGCCGCUUCAAGAAGAAGGACGUCCCCAAGGACAAGGCCGGCCAGGAGCCCCCCCCGCCCAAGGAGGCCGGCCCCGACGCCCCCCCCACCGACCGGGCCCCCCCGCCCGUCCGCCUGCAGGACAUCAAGACCGAGAACGGCGCCGCCUCGCCGGCGCCCGCCCUCUCCCCGCUGGCCGGCGGCCCCCUGCCCAAGAGCGAGAGCCCCGAGGGCGCCAGCACCGGCAGCAGCAGCCUCUCCAGCGGCGGCGGAGGGGCCUGCAGCCCGCACCCCGGCGGAAGGGGGCUCGGCCUGGACCCCGCCUCGGCCGAGGCGCACCCCCAGCACCCCCACCCGCACCUGCCCCCCGGCGGGUUCAGCGUGGACAACAUCAUCCUGAGCUCCUUGCGCGCCUCCCCGCAGGGCGGCCCCGAGCAGCAGCUGCUGCCCUUGCCGCCCGUCUCCUCCUCCGCCUCCAGGACCGCCGCCUUGCCCCCCUCGCUGGCCUUGAGCAGCUGCUACGUGCCGGCGGCGGGCCAGGGCGCGCUCUACAGCGCCCCCUGCAGCCAGGGCGCCAGCACCACGGGCAGCCACAGUGGCAGCGCCGCCGCCGCGCAGGCCAGAGGAGGAGGCGGCGGCGGCAGCUACCAUUGCAACUUGCAAGCCAUGAGUCUCUACGCCGCCGCCGCCGCAGCAGCAGCCGCCGCCGCCGCCGGAGGAGGAGGAGGCAACGGUGGAGGGGCCGAGAGGGGACCCCUGGGGGGCAGCCCGGGGGAGCAGGACCCGCUGCCCGAGUACAGCCUGGCAGCCAGCAGCAGCAGCAGCGGCAGCGCCUCGUCGCUCAGCCUGAGCCCCCCGGAGGGCCACCCGCAGGGCGGCGGCCGCCUGGCCUCCUGGUACCUCAACCAAGCCACGGCGGUGGGGGAGCUGGCCCACCUGGCCUCCUCCUCCUCCUCCUCCUCGGCCGCCGCCGCCUCGCCGGCCGCCUACCCGGGCCAGCAGCAGAACUUCCACUCGGUGCGCGACAUGUUCGAGUCCUCGCAGCGCCUCGGCCUGGCCGCCUCGCCCCUCAACGGCAACGGCCCGGCCAGCAGCUGCCAGAUGGCCUUCCCCGGCAGCCAGGCCCUGUACCGCCCGUCCGGCGCCUUCGUCUACGACUGCAGCAAAUUCUGA